GUCGCCGAGCGGUGACUAGACAUUCGGUCAUAAGCGCGGCGAGAAGAAGAAGAAGGUGCUAGAAGGAGGAGGAGAGUCCAUCCAUGGCCUCGACCGUCGAACACGUCGUCGCUUGAACGCCAAACGCGAUCCUGCAGACAUGUCCACCCCAGACCCCCCCAUGGGAGGCAACCCUCGCCCCGGUCCGUCCCCAGGCCCAGGUCCCUCUCCCGGGGCCAUGCUGGGUCCCAGCCCGGGUCCUUCGCCCGCGGGCUCCUCCCACAGCAUGAUGGGACCCAGCCCCGGACCCCCGUCCUCCGGACUCCCUCAGCCGGGCCCGUCCGGGUACAGCCAGGACAACAUGCACGCCAUGCACAAGCCAAUGGAGGCCAUGCAUGACAAGAGUUUGAGCGAGGAGGCUCGCUUCAGUCAGAUGAAAGGAAUGUCCGUGAGAGCGGGCGGGCACAGUGGUAUGGCCCCCCCACCCAGUCCUCUGGACCAGCACUCACAAGGUUAUCACUCCCCAUUAGGCGGCUCAGACCAUUCCAGUCCGGUCCCGUCAAACGGUCCCCCAUCCGGACCUCUACUUCCGUCCUCUUCCUCAUCUUCCUCUUCCAUCGGCCCCGGCUCUGGAUCCACACCAUUGGAAGGUCCCAGUGGAGACCAGCACACCCUGGGCCCCAACAACCGCCCCGGAACACUCGGAAAUGCAGGGCCCGGUCCCAGUCCCGGACCGAGUCUGAGCUCCACUGUCCCCAACCUCGUGGCAGGCCUUGAAUCGUCUAGUGGCCUCUCCGGACCCGGAGGUCCCGGCGGCCCCGGGGGUCCCACUCCUUUCAACCAAAGCCAGCUGCACCAACUGAGAGCUCAGAUCAUGGCCUACAAGAUGCUGGCCCGGGGUCAGCCCCUGCCGGACCACCUCCAGAUGGCCGUGCAAGGGAAGAGGCCCAUGCCCGGGAUGCAGCAGCCCAUGCAGAGCUUGGCCCCGGGAGGCGGACCACCAGGACCGAUGGGUUCCGGCUACGUUCGAGCGCAUGGAAUGAUGGGCCCCAAUAUGCCCCCACCGGGUCCGUCCGGGAACCUAGCUGGGAUGCAAGGACAAAACCACAACGGACCAAAGUCUUGGCCUGAAGGUCCCAUGGUGAACGCGGCAGCUCCGUCCAACGCCCCCCAAAAACUGAUCCCUCCUCAACCUACGGGCCGACCUUCCCCCGCUCCACCCUCCGUCCCCCCCGCCGCCUCCCCCGUCAUGCCUCCGCAGACCCAGUCCCCCGGCCAGCCGGCGCAGCCCCCGACCAUGAUGCCUUACCACGGCAAGCAGAGCCGCAUCACCCCCAUUCAGAAACCCUGCGGUCUGGACCCGGUGGAAAUCCUGCAGGAGAGGGAGUACAGGUUACAGGCGCGCAUCACUCAUCGCAUCGUGGAGCUGGAGAACCUGCCGGGCUCCCUGGCAGGAGACUUACGCACCAAAGCCACCAUCGAACUCAAAGCUCUGCGGCUCCUCAACUUCCAGAGACAACUGCGACAGGAAGUGGUGGUCUGCAUGCGUCGCGACACGGCCCUGGAAACGGCCCUGGACGCCAAGGCCUACAAACGCAGCAAACGACAGAGCCUGCGAGAGGCGCGCAUCACCGAGAAACUGGAGAAGCAGCAGAAGAUCGAGCAGGAGCGCAAACGCAGACAGAAACAUCAGGAGUACCUGAACAGCAUCCUGCAGCAUGCCAAAGACUUCAAGGAGUACCAUCGCUCCAUCACGGGCAAACUCCAGAAACUGACCAAAGCCGUGGCCACCUACCACGCCAACACGGAGCGGGAGCAGAAGAAGGAGAACGAGCGCAUCGAGAAGGAGCGCAUGAGGAGACUAAUGGCCGAGGACGAGGAGGGCUACCGCAAACUGAUCGACCAGAAGAAGGACAAGCGCCUGGCCUACCUGCUGCAGCAGACUGACGAGUACGUGGCCAACCUCACCGAGCUGGUCAGAGCGCACAAGGCGGCACAGGCCCUCAAGGAGAAGAAGAAGAAGAAAAAGAAGAAGAAGAAGGUGGAGAGUCCUGAAGGACAAGCCCCAGUUUUAGGUCCUGAUGGGGAGCCUCUGGACGAGACCAGUCAGAUGAGUGACUUACCUGUGAAGGUGAUCCACGUGGACAGUGGCAACAUCUUGACCGGGGUGGACGCUCCAAAGGCGGGACAGCUGGAGACCUGGCUGGAGAUGAACCCUGGUUACGAGGUGGCUCCGCGCUCUGACAGUGAAGACAGUGAGGAUGAAGAGGAGGAGGAGCAGGAGGAGGAGGAGGAACAUCAGCCUUCGGCAGCACCAGCAGAUGACAAGAAGAAGAUUUCCGACCCCGACUGCGAGGACGUGUCCGAAGUGGACGUGCGACACAUCAUCGAGCACGCCAAACAGGACGUGGAUGACGAGUACAGCGGCGCCGCGUUUGCCCGAGGACUUCAGUCGUACUACGCGGUGGCACACGCCGUGACGGAGAAGGUGGAAAGACAGUCCACUUUCCUGAUAAACGGACAACUCAAACAGUACCAGGUCAAAGGUCUGGAGUGGUUGGUGUCGCUCUACAACAACAACCUCAACGGCAUCCUGGCAGAUGAAAUGGGUCUGGGCAAAACCAUCCAGACCAUCGCGCUCAUCACGCACCUCAUGGAGCACAAGCGCCUCAACGGACCCUACCUCAUCAUCGUGCCCCUCUCGACUCUCUCCAACUGGGUCUACGAGUUUGACAAGUGGGCGCCCACGGUGGUCAAAGUGUCCUACAAGGGUUCUCCUGCAGCCAGAAGAGCAUUUGUCCCUCAGCUGCGUAGCGGCAAGUUCAACGUCCUCCUCACCACGUACGAGUACAUCAUCAAAGACAAACAAGUCCUGGCGAAGAUCCGCUGGAAGUACAUGAUCGUGGACGAGGGUCACCGCAUGAAGAACCACCACUGCAAGCUGACCCAAGUCCUGAACACGCACUACCUGGCGCCCAGGAGGGUCCUGCUGACUGGCACCCCCCUGCAGAACAAGCUGCCCGAGCUGUGGGCGCUGCUCAACUUCCUCCUGCCCACCAUCUUUAAGAGCUGCAGCACCUUUGAGCAGUGGUUCAAUGCCCCUUUCGCCAUGACGGGAGAGAAGGUGGACCUCAAUGAAGAGGAGACCAUCUUGAUCAUCCGUCGUUUGCACAAAGUUCUCCGUCCCUUCUUGCUGCGCAGGCUGAAGAAAGAAGUGGAGGCACAGCUCCCAGAAAAGGUGGAGUAUGUGAUCAAGUGUGACAUGUCGUCCCUCCAGAGGGUCUUGUACAGACACAUGCAGGCCAAGGGUGUGCUGCUGACCGACGGCUCGGAGAAAGACAAGAAGGGCAAAGGCGGCACCAAGACGCUGAUGAACACCAUCAUGCAGCUGAGGAAGAUCUGCAACCACCCAUACAUGUUCCAGCAGAUUGAGGAAUCCUUCUCUGAACAUUUAGGUUUCUCUGGUGGGAUAGUCCAAGGCGCUGACCUGUAUCGGGCGUCAGGAAAAUUUGAGGUGUUGGAUCGAAUCCUCCCCAAACUGCGAGCGACCAACCAUAAAGUGCUGCUCUUCUGUCAGAUGACCACACUGAUGACCAUCAUGGAGGACUACUUUGCAUACCGCAGCUUCAAGUAUCUGCGUCUGGAUGGUACCACCAAGGCUGAAGACCGAGGAAUGUUACUGAAGACCUUCAACGAGCCGGGGUCCGAGUAUUUCAUCUUCUUGCUGAGCACUCGGGCAGGAGGCCUCGGCCUCAAUCUCCAGUCUGCAGACACUGUGGUCAUCUUUGACUCGGACUGGAACCCGCACCAGGACCUGCAGGCCCAGGACAGAGCUCACCGCAUAGGCCAACAGAACGAGGUGCGGGUGUUGCGCCUGUGCACCAUCAACAGUGUGGAGGAGAAGAUACUGGCCGCCGCCAAGUACAAACUCAACGUGGACCAAAAAGUCAUCCAGGCCGGUAUGUUCGACCAAAAGUCUUCCAGCCACGAGCGCAGGGCCUUCCUGCAGGCCAUCCUGGAGCACGAGGAGCAGGACGAGGUCUGGGGUCAGGAAGUGUGUCUACGUAUAAACGAGGAGGAUGAGGUCCCGGACGACGAGACGGUCAACCAGAUGAUCGCCAGGAGCGAGGAAGAGUUUGAUCAGUUUAUGCGUAUGGACUUGGACAGGCGGCGCGAGGAGGCCCGCAACCCGCGCCGCAAACCUCGCCUGAUGGAGGAGGACGAGCUGCCCACCUGGAUCAUGAAGGACGACGCCGAGGUGGAGCGCCUCACCUGCGAGGAGGAGGAGGAGAAGAUGUUCGGACGGGGCUCUCGCCAGCGGAAGGAGGUGGACUACAGCGACUCCCUGACGGAGAAGCAGUGGCUGAAGGCGAUCGAGGAGGGCACGCUGGACGAGGUGGAGGAAGACGUGCGCCACAAGAAGACCACGCGCAAGAGGAAGCGGGACCGAGACCCGGACCUCCCGGUGCCCUCGUGCUCCUCGGGCGGCCGAGGACGAGGAGACAAGGACGAGGACGCCAAGAGGCAACGGAAAAGGGGGCGGCCGCCUGUGGAGAAGAUCUCCCCCAACCCUCCCGUCCUGACCAAGAAGAUGAAGAAGAUCAUCGACGCUGUCAUCAGAUACAAAGACGGCACCAGUGGUCGUCAGCUCAGUGAGGUGUUCAUCCAGCUGCCGUCAAGAAAGGAACUGCCCGAGUACUACGAACUCAUCCGCAAGCCUGUGGACUUCAGGAAGAUCAAGGAGAAGAUUCGGGGCCACCGCUAUCGCAGUCUUGGCGACCUGGAGAGAGACGUCAUGCUGCUCUUCCAGAACGCUCAGACCUUCAACCUGGAAGGCUCUCUGAUAUACGAGGACUCCAUCGUGCUGCAGUCGGUCUUCACCAGUUUGAGGCAGAAGAUCGAGAAGGAGGAGGAGAGCGAGGGCGAGGAGAGCGAGGAAGAGGACGACGAGCAGGACGACGGAUCGGAGUCUGAAACUCGUUCUGUCAAGGUGAAGAUCCGACUGGGCAGGAAGGAGCGAGGAGGAGAACGAGGAAAAGGACGUAGCAGACGAUCGGGACGCACCAGAGCCAAGCCUGUGGUUAGUGAUGACGACUCUGAAGAUGAACAGGAGGAGGAUCAUUCCGUCAGUGCCACUGAUGAAGAGUCGUGAGGUGCAAGAGAAGACGUGAUGAAGUAGUCCUCCUACUCACACAUUUGCAGAAAUGAUGUUUUGGGUCGGCAGACUCCCAGCCGAACCUCCGCCAGCUCUCAGUCACUUAAGAACAAGAAACAAAUACACACUUUUAGUCGCACACCGGACAUAAGGUCUUCUUCGUUUCCCUGCAUUGGCCCGGAGGACACAAUUAAACUAAUGACAGCCAUCGCAGUGAAAGAUGUUAAAUCACAACACAUAAAUCUAAUCUAAUAAAUAAUCAUGAAUUAGGUCAUAAACUGACUCCAUCGAAACAAUUCUGCUUAUUUGCCACUUAAUUGUACAAGAUAAUUUUGAUCAAAUAUUACGGUGCUUUACACUUCAAUGCUAGGCUUCUUUUUCCCAGUUAUAAAUAGUCAUGCGGUAGAAAAAAAGACACAUUUUAGUAUAACUGUGGAGUGAAAUUACUGACAAAACCCCACAAAAAGAAUUGUUUUUACUCACGCCCAACAAUUAUCGAGUAAAAAAAAAAACUAUUUACAAGUAUAAAAACACAUUUUGGCAAGUAAAAAACACAAUUCGCAAGUUCAAAACCUAUUUUGUACAAGUAAAAAAAAACUAAUCGCAAGUAUAAAAACAAAUUUCUGCAAGUAAAAAAAAUCAAAAUUUGCAAGUUUAAAACCAAUUUUGUACAAGUAAAAUGAUUCGCAAGUAUAACAUUUUUUCGCAAGUUUAGAAUCAAUUUAUUACAAGUAUAAAAAAAACAUUUCUGCAAGUAUUAAAAACUAUUUUCUGCAAGUAACAUGGUUCGCAAGUAAAAAAAAAAACAAACAAACUAUUUACUAGUAUAAAAACACAUUUCGGCAAGUAAAAAAAUUAUUCGCAAGCAUAAGAACAAUUUUCUGCAAGUAAAAAAAAAAAAAAAAGUUCAAAACCUAUUUUGCACAAGUAAAAAAAACGAAUCGCAAGUAUAAAAACACAUUUCUGAAAGUGAAAAAAUAUAUAUUCGCAAGUUUAAAACCAAUGUUCUACAAGUAAAAUGAUUCGCAAGUAUAAAAAUUAUUCGCAAGUUUAAAAUCAAUUUUGUACAAGUAUAAAAACAAUUUUCUGCAAGUAAAAAAACAACUUGCGAGUUUAAAACCUAUUUUGUACAAGUAAAAAAACUGCGCAAGUAUAAAAAAAAAUGUUUCCACGUAAUAAACACAAUUUGCAAGUUCAAAACUUUGCCAUAUAGCCCUGCUAACAUGCUAGCGGGCUAACUAUCAGCAUGCUAACAUUUAGCAUAAUGACUUGGACAAACGUCAAAUUAAACCACAGUCAGAGUACAAAAAGGAAUAGUUUUUAGGUUACCUCAUUGGCCGCAUUCACUGUAGGGGUAAACAAAGCUUGUUGGGUGGUUACUUUACAAGCUUAAUAGGGAUUUUGUUUUCCUGUCAAACAGUGUAGCGGUGUGCAUCAACCAUUAACGUCCCACACCACAACAGAUAGAGAGCGAACAUUGGUUCCGCCAUUGGAUAAAACCCAUAGACAUCUACUGCAUACUGGCGCGGACGAGACGCGGGGCCGCCAUCUUGGAGUGGUGAUCCGCUCCACUCAGUGCAAUUUAUUUGGCAGGAGCAAUGAACUGUCAGCGCAUUUAAUUCAUCUUACCUCACUGAAUACCAC